GCAGCUGCUGUCGUGAAAGAAGUGCUGUAGGAGAGGAAAAUUUUGUUUUUCGCUCAUCAACGCUACUCUACUAAGAAAAAAGAACAUUUCCAAAUUCUUCUUCACUUCAGAGGGGGGAAACCAAUUUUUUUCUGUGCGUGUGUGUGUUCAUAGUGUGAAAUAUCUUUUCCAUAACAAUAAUUUAACAUAAACCAUGUCGAUCUAUCGCAUUUCCGCACGUAAAUUGGUCGAGGCACAGAAACUGCCCAAUGUUGGCUCCUAUGUACGCCUGAUUGCCGCCGAUGGUCGCAGCCUGCGCGACGUCCUGGCCGCCAAGGUGCCUCAGGAGCAGGAGCGCGUGAAGAACUUUAGGAAACAGCAUGGAUCCACCAAAAUGGGUGAGACCACCAUCGACAUGAUGUAUGGUGGCAUGCGUGGCAUUAAGGCUCUCGUCACGGAGACCUCUGUGCUGGAUGCUGAUGAGGGUAUCCGUUUCCGCGGCCUCUCCAUUCCCGAAUGCCAGAAGGUGCUGCCCGCUGCCGAUGGCGGUGCCGAGCCACUGCCCGAGGGCCUCUUCUGGUUGCUUCUGACCGGCGAGGUCCCCACCAAGUCCCAAGUCCAGCAGCUAUCCCGCGAGUGGGCUGAGCGCGCCGCCCUGCCCCAGCAUGUGGUUACAAUGCUGAACAACAUGCCCACCACCCUCCAUCCCAUGUCCCAAUUCGCUGCCGCAAUCACCGCUCUCAAUCACGACAGCAAGUUCGCAAAGGCGUACUCGGAUGGUGUCCACAAGUCCAAAUACUGGGAGUAUGUCUAUGAGGACAGCAUGGAUCUGAUUGCCAAGCUGCCAGUGGUCGCGGCCACCAUCUACUGCAAUACCUACCGCGGUGGCAAGGGAUCGCGUGCCAUUGACUCGAGUCUGGAUUGGUCGGCCAACUUCGUCAAGAUGCUGGGAUACGACAAUGCACAGUUCACCGAGCUGAUGCGUCUCUAUCUGACCAUCCACAGUGAUCACGAGGGUGGCAACGUGUCCGCCCACACCGUGCAUUUGGUGGGCUCUGCCUUGAGCGAUCCCUACCUCUCGUUUGCCGCCGGUAUGAAUGGCUUGGCUGGUCCUUUGCACGGUCUGGCCAAUCAGGAGGUGUUGGUCUGGCUGCGCAAACUGCAGAAGGAGGCCGGCAACAACCCAUCGGAGGAGCAGCUGAAGGACUACAUCUGGAAGACUCUGAAGUCCGGACAGGUGGUGCCCGGCUAUGGUCAUGCUGUGCUUCGCAAGACCGAUCCACGCUACACCUGCCAACGUGAGUUCGCCCUCAAGCAUCUGCCCGAUGACGAGCUCUUCCAGCUGGUAUCCAAGAUCUACAAGGUGGUGCCACCAAUUCUAACUGAGACCGGCAAGGUGAAGAACCCCUGGCCCAAUGUAGAUGCCCACUCUGGUGUGCUCCUCCAGUACUAUGGAAUGAAGGAGAUGAAUUACUACACGGUGCUCUUCGGUGUGUCGCGUGCGCUCGGUGUUUUGGCAUCGCUUGUCUGGGAUCGUGCCCUGGGUCUGCCCAUCGAGCGUCCCAAGUCCCUGUCCACCGACAUGCUCAUGAAGAUGGUGCAGAAGUAAGCGGGACUUCUAUGGCUGGCUGGAUGGUUCGAUGGAUGGAUGGAUGGAUGGAUGGAGUCAGUGCGAGGACGCUGGUUUCAUGAGCAUGUGGAAGUGGAAGUAGAGGGGAGGGGGCGCGUGAAAGGGAAGUUCAACAAAAAUGUAGCAAAGCAAAACCACAAGCAACAAUGUAGCAGUAGCACUUAAUAAAUGAGGAAAAUGACGACGACAUCGUGAACAGAGGAGGAGGAAGAAAGAAGGAAGGAAAGAGGAGAUGUUUGAUAAAUGAAAUACGAAUAAAUGACUUUAUUUAUGAUAUUGAGAGUUGAGAGGGAGUUUGGAGUUUUGAAGUUGGACGUUUGGAGUUGAGAGUUGAUGGGACGUUGAUUGAGUAGAACAACCAAAAA